GGAAGGAGAGCGACGGCGGAGCGAAGUGGCUGGACACAGGAAGAGGUGUAAAUUUUGCUUUACUCUGCUUCCACCAUGGAGGAAGAACCCCAGGAAGAAUUCUUCUAUUGCAGUGGGGCUGCAACUCAGCUACUAAAACUGGGAUCCAUUGAUUGUUGGCCAAGGGAUGAAUCAAAUACGUCCUCCAAGGUGUUGUUCCUGAUUAUUCCAGGGAAUCCAGGAAUUGUAUGUUACUAUAAACUCUUCAUGCAAAUUUUGCACAAGAUCCUGAUGCAGAAGUAUCCCGUCUGGGCUAUAAGCCACGCAGGCCAUUGCAUUCCUCCAGGAGGCAUGGGGAUGAUGGAAGAUAUUCAGCUGGAGGACGUCUUUGGACUGAAUGGACAAAUAGCACAUAAAUUAGCUUUUCUCAGGAAGAGUGUGCCGAAGGAUACCAAGCUUGUGCUGAUUGGCCAUUCUAUUGGCUGCCAUAUGAUACUGGAAAUGAUGAAACAAGAACCAGAAUUACAGGUUCUGAAAGCGAUAUUACUUUUUCCAACAAUCGAACGCAUGGCUGAGUCACCACAAGGCAAGCUUAUGACGCCAGUGCUUCGCAAUCUUCGCUUCCUGAUAUAUGUUCCAAUCUACUUCCUUUCAUUUCUGCCGGAAAGUAUCAAGGCCUCACUGGUGAGGUGGGCACUGCAGGGUUUGCAGCCAUUGGAUGAAGCUACUGUCUCUGCUUCUGUUAAUCUCUUCAGUGUCAACUGUGCAGCUAAUGCCAUGUAUAUGGGAAGCCAGGAAAUGAUGCAAGUUGUGCAAAGGGACAAUUCCACUAUAAAGCGCUUUUUGAAUAAGCUUAUCUUUUACUAUGGAUCCAACGAUCACUGGUGCCCUGUAACAUAUUACGAAGAUAUGAAGAGAUGCUUUCCUGAAGGAACUAUUCUUCUUUGCCAAAAAGGAAUUCGUCAUGCCUUUGUUUUAGAUGCCAAUGUAGAAGUCGCUCAGAUGGUUAUGGAGUGGUUAAAAGCAGAUCUUGCAAACUUGUAAUAGGAACAUAGAAUGUGUGUGAUGUACAAAAUAAAUAAUUUUAUUUACAUUAAAUACUCUUAGGAUUCCAAUAUGUUCUAGAAAAUAACUAUGCCUAGAUUAUUUAAAAAUAUUAACUUUUAGACAUGUCUCCCAGGCAGACUUGGAAAGUUAUUUGCUUGAAUGAAUAAUCGGUUGCUAAAGCUUUCAAAAUAUUUGUGAUUGCAGUGUAAUUUUUGUAUCUAUGCAUAAUCUCUGAAAAAGUAAACCUGUUUUAUAUCAGGGUCAUUUUACAGUUAAUGAUUGUUGACAUUUACUGUCAAUUUGUAAUUCAUUAGAUUAAUUUUAAUUUUCAAUCAAAGGGCUAUUUUAGUUUUGUUGAAAAGCAUUGAUGCAACUUUUCCAAGCUCUGCCAAACUCUGGCAUGGAAAACUAUUAAAAUAUGUUUUAAGAUCAUUAUUUUGUAUUUGUUAAACUAUCAUCUAUCAAAUCUUAUCUAACUCAAAGUCUGUCAAGGCCAAAUUAGUAAUUAAGAUAUUUCUAUAAUGGCAAGCCCUGUGUAAUUGUAUCUGGAAAUUGUUCCAGGAACAAACAUUUGUCUCAAAUACAAUGCUUCAUUGACCUUGUAAAGAUUCCAUUAUCAGCUUCCCAAACCCCACCCCAUCACCAUUGUCUGAACUUUAAUAAGUUGCCCCUUUCGCACCCCUACAAAAAAAUCCUGAUUUCUUUCAUUUGGAGAACCUUUAUUACAGCAUCGCCAUAAUGACAUCACAAAAGUGAAUGGAAACUCAUAGAACAUACAGCACAUUACAGGCCCUUCGGCCCACAAUAUUGUACCGACCCUCAAACCCUGCCUCACAUAUAACCCCCCACCUUAAAUUCCUCCAUAUACCUGUCUAGUAGUCUCUUAAACUUCACUAUUGUAUCUGACUCAGGCAGUGCAUUCCACGCGCCAACCACUCUCUGAGUAAAAAACCUUCCUCUAAUUUCCCCCUUGAACUUCCCACCCCUUACCUUAAAGCCAUGUCCUCUUGUAUUGAGCAGUGGAGCACUCACUUGAUUUGAACUUGUGCUCCCUUUCCACUUCACCAUGGGAGCACUGCAGAUAUAAAUUUACUUUCUUAAUAAAAUUUGUGGCCUUCCUGUCACUUCCUACACUCUAUACUUCUCUUUAUUGGUGGAAUAUAAGUUGCAUACACCCAGAAUUGAGUACACUUUAAAUUAGAAAGAGGAAAAUAUAUUUUCAAGUAUUUCUAUCUGUACUUCAGUUUUACACUGAGAAAACCUGUGAAACCUCAGUGACCAUGUUAAGGUAGCUGAGAUGUGUGUCUGUAGUUCCAGUGAUGAAAGCCCUAGAAAGAUAACCACAGCAUAACUAUGCAUAUAUUUAUCCACUAGUCAAAACCUUACAGCAAGUUGUUAGUAAGCAGCGUCUAUCCUUUACAGAAGCAGUCCCCCAAGACACUCUCAAAUGAUUUUCUAACCAAAACUCAAUCUCGCACAAUCCUCCAAGCAAACAAGUCAGCCGCUCAAAUAAUCUACAGUGGGUUCCAGUAAAGUAGCAAAUCAGUGUUUUCUAAGUGAUAAUUUAUUUCACUGAUAUUUCUAAGGCAAGCUCCAUUAAUAAAUUUACUGCAUUGCCAUUAUUUAUGGUUUCAAUUUUGCCUCCUUCAGGCCAAAUAUUUGUUCCGCUCCAAAUGAUGAGACCGCAUCCAAAGUGCCUACAAGUCUGCAUCUUGGAGCUGGCUGCAGUGCAGAAGUGUUGAUAUCAGCACAUGAAGAAAUGCAGUAUAUUACUAGAGGACGCUCCUGACAAUACAGCAACUUCUUGAUCAAUGCUGGUAAUGGACCUUUUCAUGCUUUCUGUCAUUUCAUACGUUCUAUGAGACAGUCUAGUCAAUACACUGGGUAUUUGCCAAUGCAUUCAUAUCCACUGAAUGUAGCAAACUACAUCAGGCCCCUCCAGAGUAAUACUAAUACCUAAACUCCCCCUUUGCGCCUUUGGGAACUCGCAUCCUGGCUUCACUUUGCAUCUAAAUUGACUGCCUUCCACCAGUGACAGUGAUCUUUCAAUAUGAAGUACACCCUUAUGACCUGCUCCUGCUGUCCUCUUUACCAGGAUCUGUGGUGAUACCUUUGCAGAAUCAAGGGGAGAAUGACUUCUCCCUCUUCUUCCCCAGUUGUCUGGUCUUCUGGAGCUAGGUGGUGGGUCAGACAUGAGGGGCCACAGCCUGAAAUGCUGACUGUUUAUUCCCCUCCAUAGAUGCUGCCUGAAUUGCUGAUUUCCUCCAGCACUUUGUGACUGUUGCUCAAGACUUCCAGCAUCUGCAGCAUCUCAUGUGUUUAUGAGGGUGUAGUUAUGUGCUGCUCAGUGGGUUUCUUCUGAAAGCCUCCAAUGAUUAAUACUCAAAGUAGAUCAUUGUAAUGGCCAAUCUGAGGUACUAUUAAUGAGAAUGUUUGGCAGCCAAGCAGACAUGAGAGAAGGACGGAUAAUGAAUGGCUCUGAGAUAUUUGAAUGCAAGGAAGAUCCUGUGGGCAUCCUCAACUGUACCAGGUUGCCUGAAUACUGGCAAUGAUCAUCAGGAGAAAAAUCUUCUCUUCCAUCCAGUCUUGUGAUGCUCUGAACAUGAAAGACACUGUUCUCAUCUUGAGAAAGGCUUCUACUUCUUGCAAUCUUAGCUGGAAAAAAAUAUUUUAAACCAUUCUGUGUUUGUCUGUGAACUCUGAACCUUCCAAGUAUGUGGUGAAUGACUACACACAGUCAGUUUUUUGCUACUUCCUGUUUUUCCAGGAUUGUCCUUCUGGCAUCCUGGUGCAAAGAAUAUUUCUCCAUUGCUCCUCCUCUCUACGUGAUGAUGUUCCAAGAAGGGCCAGAGUUGCCUCUACUUCCUGAGGAGACUGAGGUCCUUUGGAGUAUGCAGGCCUCUCCUUCACAUGUUAUACCAGUCUUGUCGCCAGUACAAUCUUCUAUAUGGUGGUUUACUCGGCAUCAACAUGGAUGAUGCCAACAGGUUCAAUAAACUGAUUAGAAAGGCUGGCUCUGUUAUGGGAGUCAAACUGAACACACUGGAGGCUGUGGUGGAACAAAGGACCCUACAGAAAAUCCUGGCAAUUCUGGACAAUGUUUCUCACCCUCUGCAGGCCACCUUGGCUGAACAGAGGAGCACUUUUAGUAAUAGACUAAGUCAAUUGUGCUGCUCCAAAAAGCACUAUAUGAGGUCACUCUUACUCUCGGCCUUCAGGCUCUAUAAUGAGACAACCUAUAGCCAGAGAAGUGAUGAACCUCUCCCGUUAGAUGGUGGUAACUUAGUUUUUAUUCUUUCUAUGUCUCUUCUAAUAUUUUUAUGUGUGCACUUGUAAUGCUACUGUGAUACUCUAACUUCCUUAGGGAUCAAUAAAGUAUCUAUUUAUCUAUAUAGUGAAGACCAAAAUCUCCAGAGAGGAUAUUUGUUUUCUUGGAACAAAUCUUCAUUACCCUGAAACAGCAUUUCUGUUGUUGGGCCCUCAGUAGCGGUUUUACAGAAUAGUCACCAGAGUUCAUCAGAUUAUUAUUGCUAUUAAUGAGUGUCACAACCCUAUCCUGCAAAUAAGCAACAAAGAGUAGAAAGACAGCAAAAAAAAAUGCAGAUUAUGAAUGCUGUGCUUUCUGAAUGAGUUUCCAAAUUAGUGCAAGUUUCAGACAAGAUAUAAUUAGACAAAUGUUUCAUUAUUAGCCUUUUCCUGUGGAACCAGAACAUUGCUGCCCUCAAUGUACAGCCCAUAAACCCUAAUGAGCUCCCACCUCAUACUGUCCCCAUCAUCAAAGACAUCUUCAAAAAGCAAUGCCUGAAAAAGGUGGCACGACAUUAAAGACCCCAUCACCUAGGACAUGGCCUUUCCUCAUUACUACUAUCAGAGAGGCAGUACAGGAGACUGAACAACAUGCACUCACCGUUUCAGCACCAGCUUCUUCCCCUCUGCCAUCAAACGGAUAAUGAACCCAUGAAUGUUAUCUCACUAUUUUUGCUCUCCUUUUGCACUACUUUUUAAAGUUUAUGAUAUCUUGUAAUUUAUAGUAUUUUCACAUAAUUCAUGAUAGUGCUGCAGCAAAACAACACAUUUCAUAACAUUUACCAGUGAUAAUAAUUCUGAUUCUGAUAAAAUAAAACCCACAUAAAACUUCUUUUCUGUUGGAUCAGCCUGUUUUUCACCACCUGUAGAUGAAAUCUCAUUGCUAAUCAGCAAUCUAUCUGUAGUGCAUGCUUUUCUUCCCAAUUCUGUCCACCUCUUAAGUGUUCCUCCAGUGAGAUGUAAGUGAGGUGAAUGGGUCCCAGUUACCUCUAAUGGAACUGACUGAUCAGUUCCUAAUAAGUUUCAGGAUAACACUUCAAGUGGUGGCACCAUAUCCACUGAUGGAGGUUUUGUGUUCAAUAACUACUCCAGUUAUUGGAAUGAAGAGGUAUAAAUAUUAGACUGCUCCCUGACCAGCAACAACUGUCCCAAAUCUGUCAUUUUAAUUCACCCCUCUGCUAAAAAUCUGCAUGUGAAAACUUUUAGAAGGAAAUAAAAUAAUCACAGUUAAUCCAAAGGUCUGAAUUGGUGAAUCCACAGCACAAUUCAAAAUCCUUGUGAGAGAUGCUAAGCUGUAUACCAUAGACCACGAUAAAUGGAGAAAUGUUGCACUAUCCUCAGUUGCCUAGUAAUCCUGGCAGAAGCAAACUAUUAUGUACCUCCUUUAAGAAGCCAAAAUUGUUUAAGGUGUGUGGCACAGUUUUAAAUUGUCCUUUGUAGUUCCGUUUAGGAACUGCACCAGAACAUUUUAAGCUAAACAGAUGAAGUUCUAAUUCCUUGCACAAGUGUUGACAAAGCCCUUGACCUUGGCUUCAUCUUUCUUAUGUAUCCUCAUGUUUUUAGCUUCUCUUGUGCUCAGCACCUUAUCAAACAUUACCUUUGCCAACCUCUCGAUCCCACCACUACCCCACUUGAAGUGGGCAUAUCAAUGCUGAUGCAUUCCAUUGUUUCCUUUAAUUACAUGUUUAUUAUGUGUGUUCAGCGAAAUGAUCUAUUAUUUGUUAUCCAUGUACUUGUCAUGUUGAACACUUUCUUCCACUUGCUAGAAGUUUAAAAUCAUAUGGAUUGUAAGAUAAAGAACUACGUGCAAAGCAACAGUGGUUGUUGAAAUUUAAGUUUUGUUGUAGCCUUUUUCUAAGAGGCCAAUUGUUUGUUGCAUCUAUGUACAACACAGAAGAACUCCAACAUAUUUUUUAACUAUUUGUACAUUUUAAUUGCAUUACUAGUUGCAGAUUAA